GCAACACAAAACGUAAACAAUCUUCUCGCGGCAUUUGGUGUGCGUUUUACGUGCGGGAUUUUAAUUUGCUGGUAGUUUUCUCAGGAAACUAUGUAAAAAUGGCUCCUAAAAUCGACCAGAAAGAGUAUUUAAAGCGUUAUCUAUCGAACGAUAAAGACAAGAAGAAGAAAAAGAAGAAAAAGGAUAAAAAAGUGACCAAACCGGGCAAUGUGGUUAUAGUUGAUGAUGAUUUGGAUCUAACGGAACUUCAGAAGAGGAUGGAUGCUGACGAAACGGAUCUGUUCGGGCUAGAUGAAGAAGCACCGCUUGUUGUCGGAAUUAUCGACGAACGACCCCCAGAACUAAGAGCUAAGGAGGACUUCAGCAGCACCAAGUGGAAAGCGGUGGCUAACAGUUUUGAUAGUAUGGUACGGGAAAGCAACCGGGCGGUUGGAGCAUCGGAAAAUGGUGCAAAUCGUCGAAGGAAGGAUUCGGAUGAAAGUCCUCCUAGAAGAACAUCGAAGGAGAAAGAGAGCUUGUGGGGGAAAGCUACAAGGCACGAUUCCGAUGAAAGUCCACCAAGGCGCAAAGGUACGUCGCACAAAACCGAUCGACGGGGAAAGGAUACGGAUGAAAGUCCUCCACGAAGGAGGUCGAAGGAAAGGGACGGCUUCAGAGGGAAAGCAAACGAUUCCGAUGAAAGUCCACCACGUAAAAGUAGUUCGCGUAGAACAGAUCGUCGCGGAAAGGAUUCGGAUGAAAGUCCACCAAGAAGAAAAUCGAAGAAGGAUAAAGACUCUUCUAGAGAAAAAGGAAGAAGAGAAGAUUCCGACGAAAGCCCACCGAGUAAAAGUGCUUCUCAUAGAACCGAACGACGUGGAAAGGAUUCAGAUGAAAGUCCUCCCAGAAGGAGGUCGAAGGAAAAGGAAUAUUAUAGAGCAAAAGUGAAGAGAGAGGAUUCGGAUGAAAUUCCACCCCGAAAAGAGAGGGGAAGGCACGGCAGAAGAGAAGAUUCGGACGAGAGUCCACCGCGCAAACGUAAGCAACGCGAAGACUGCGACCGUAGUUCACCGCGGAAGCAUCGACAUAGUGAUAGAGAAAGUCCUCCCCGAAGAAGAAAGGAUUUUUCUUCCAAUCGUCGGCGUGAUUCGGACGAAAGUCCUCCUCGACGUAGCCGUCCGGAUAAUACUAAUCGACGUCGUAAUGAUUCUGACGAAAGUCCUCCCAGACGUAGUAGAGGAACAGAUGGGCGGGAUAGCUCCGCACGUCGUCCAACUAGAACCGCUUCACCUCAGGUACGAAUCAAGCAAGAAAAGCAUAGUUCCGAUUACGAUCUUUCUCCACCAAGAAAGCGAGAUUCGGAUGAAAGUCCACCGCGAAGAAGGGCGGCCACGAACCGACGACGCUUUUCCAAAAGCCCGGAUAGACGUAGACGAGAUUACCGUGAGAUAGAGCGACGGAUCAAACAGGAACCACGGUCUCCGUCGCAGAGAAGAAACGAACCGCCGGAACGGAUGAGUAAAACGCUCGACGGUAAACGGGCCGGUCUGCAGGAUGCCGCAUCGUUGCGCGAAGAGAACGAAAAGCAUCGGGCACGGGAACGGGAUGCGUUGAUGAAAAUGUCCGACGAUGUUUCCGGUCGUUAUGCGGAUACGGUGGUGCGCGAUAAAUCGGGACGGAGACGUGAUGUGGAGAAGGAACUAAGGGAAGAGUUAGCUAAACGUAAGGAAGACGAGAAGAAGAAGGAAGUUUAUUCCCGGUGGGGAAAAGGUGUAAAACAGGCGGAAGACUAUAAAGCACAGCUACAGGAAGCGGCACACGAAAUGGAGAAACCUUUGGCACGGUACGCCGACGAUAAAGAUCUGGACGAAUACCUCAAGCAGCAAGAGCGGGACGGUGAUCCAAUGUUGGAGUACCUGCGUAGCAAACAGAAGGAAGAAAACAAACGGGCAGGCAUUCCGGAAAAGCCACUGUAUCAGGGAGCAUUUCCCGACAAUCGGUUCGGCAUACGGCCCGGCUAUCGGUGGGAUGGCGUAGACCGAUCGAACGGGUUCGAGAAGAGUUGGUUCGAAACGACCAGCAAGAAGAAGGCGGGCGAGGAAGAGGCGUACAAGUACAGUGUGGAAGACAUGUAAACUGAAGGUGACUCCAUUCGGAUUUGAUAGUUUGUAUGUGUUAAGGUGACCCCCGAAUAAGAAUACAUACGCACACGCGUCGUUGUGGGAUUUAAA